CCCCCCAGCCAUGCCUACGCUUGUGCUGUGCCUGCUGUGCACCCUGGCAACGGUGGUCCAGCCUGCCCCAGCAGCCCCCAUGAGCGGCUCGGAGCCAGCACAGCAGCAGGAGCUGACCGUGCUCUUCCACGGGGCCCUGCAGCUGAGCCAGGCUCUCAACGGCAUGUACAGGGACACGGAGGCACAGCUGACAAAGGCCGGGCACAGCCUGAGCCUCUAUGGCCAGGCACUGGGGCUCCUUGGGCAGGACGUCAGCCAGGGCCAGGAUGCAGCCCAAGAGCUACAUGCGAGCCUACUGGAGAUGCAGAUGGAAGAGGAUGGUCUCAAGCUGCAGGCAGAGGCCACAGCCCAGGCGCUGGGGGAGGUGGCCCAGGGACAGCGGGUGCUGCAGGAGAAAAUGAAGCAGCUAGAAGUCCAGCUGAGGGGUGCUUGGCUGGGCCAUGCUCGCCAAGAAUUUGAGUCCUUAAAGGCCCAUGCAGACAAGCAGAGCCACAUCCUGUGGGUCCUCAAGGGCCACAUGCAGCGACAGAGGCAGGAGAUGCUAGCACAGCAGCAGCGGCUGAGACAGAUUCAGGAAAGACUCCACACUGCAGCACUUCCGGCCUGAAACUGAGCCUGGGCGCAACUGAGAACAAGUCGUGCACCGAGGAAUGCUGCCACACCC